AUGUUUACCGAUUCUGAACAGGUUGUUUUCCUAUGUCGGCAACCGGGGCCCGUUGUACCGCAUGCCUCCGCGAAGGGGAAGCUACUGGUUUCCGACACAUGCGGCCANGAUGCUUUGCUGGGUGCUGUGGAUAUCACGGGAUGCGUUUUGGACAUGUGCGGUGGGCCCACGGACGCCGUCGCGACCCGUCUUCGAUCCGCGUGCGAGAUACUCACGAACGACGUGAGCUCGGGGUAA